UUGUGGAAGAAUUGUAUUUCCCCAACCCAACAAUGAAAUGCAGCCGGCCAUUAACAAUCAGAUGCGCAGCCUUAUCAACGCAAUAUUUUGCACAACUCAAGAAGAGGCUGAAAAAAUUGAGAUGUCAACACGGGACCAAGCAGACAGCGCUAUGUGGUUUGAGGAAAGACGAAAUCGUCUGACAGCUUCACAGUUUGCAAAAAUUUGUAAAAGGAAAAAGGAUAUCAAUGAAAAAUUCAUUAACAGUUUAUUUGGAGAAGUUAAUACCUUUACAUCUCCAGCAACAUCGUAUGGCAGGGCCAAUGAAUCUGUUGCCAAGCAAGUAUACUUGGCCAAAAAUACAAACAUUCACAUUCAUGACUGCGGGCUGGUUGUCAAUCCACAAUUCUCGUUUUGAGCUGCAACACCUGAUGGUAAAAUUUGUAUCAAUGGCCAGACGGGAAUACUUGAAAUAAAAUGUCCUUACUCAGCCAGAGAUUUGACGAUUUCAGAAGCUGCAAAUACAGUUCCAAAUUUCUGUCUAGUGAAACUGGCAACAAGUCCUACCUUAAACCAGAAUCAUGACUACUAUUUUCAGGUGCAAGGGCAACUGUUGGUAACUGGAGCUCCUUUUUGCUUAUUUCUGGUGUAUACAAAGAAAGACAUGUUUGAAGAACAAAUACUGCCCAAUUUAAAUUUCAUGACAGAUAUGUACAAGAAGUUGUUGAGGUUUUACUCUCAGUAUGGCCCGAAGAGUAUAUCAUUACAUUCUCCUAGUGGAAGUGAAUAGGACAUACUUACUCUGUUCUUCAGUCUGGCUUGCAGAAUCACAACUGUGAGAAGAACCUUCUGGUGGUGAUGAGUCUGUAAUAUCACUGGGAAUUAAGCAAACACAGUCACUAUUUACUGUAACACAUGUCUUGAUUAACUUGUCCAGAUUUAUAAUUUAUUACAAUCAUUAUUUCUGUAUUCAUUUAUGUGACCAGAUUUAUAAAUUAACUUGCUACUAAUGGCAAGUGGUGUUGUGUAUCCAGAUUAAGUAAACUGUGCCAAAGUUCCUAUAAGCCUCAAUAAAUUUUAGCUGGACACUUAACUGUGUGAAUAUUCAGAGUUAAUAACACACUAAUGAAAUACUCUUGGUUAUUGUUAACAUAAUGAUAAAUAUUG